AGAUGCUCAAUUCUUGUCGUGUGUCUAGCCUUGUCAGAAGUUUGUUGGCGGGACACAACAUCCGGAGGCCGUUUCGUGGAACAGAAUUUUCAUGCAUGCAAUGUCGGGAGAAGUUUUGAGACGACUAGCUGACGAGUCCAUGAAGAACCCAGAGAGUUGCGCUGCCAGUUCGCCGAUGCUUGUAGGGGUCGAAGCAAGUGAUUGAGCGAGUAAAGGGCGAAAGAAGGAAAUGAGACAAUCUCCACGCAGCUCAGCGCAGGGUGAUGUGACAGGGUAUGAUCUACGGAAAGAAAGAAAGCCUUGUCAGCACUCGACAGGGGGCUCGCAUGGCUGGUAGAUUUUCUCUUUCCAGGGAAUGGAAAUUGACACUGGGACCCUGGUCUCAGGUUCAGAGCAGAAUCCAACGGAGUGAGAUCAGCGACACAGGAUCAUUUGACGUACAGACGAACAUGGGGUCCCUAUUUGACUCAGAUACUGCUCGGCUAUUGCAUGCAAGACUCCGAAGGCUCCAAUCUGCGACAUCAACCGCUCCAGGAAGAUGGGUGGGGCGGGUUGCAUCCCAUCGACUCGCCCGUGGGAAGAGUAGGGGGCGCGCAUGGAAGUGGCAGCGACUGGAGCCCUGGCCGUUGAAAAGGUGAAACUGACGCAGAUUGGAUGCAACGGUUGCACAACGAUCCGGAGAGUUGUCCAAAGGGACAUUGCGGCGUUCUCGUUGGCCGCCC